AUGGGGAGGCUGCAGCAGUGGGCCAGGGUCCUAGAGAUGCUGAAAAGCAAAUUCGAACAGGAGGAGAUGAAACGGAAGUUUGGCCCUCUGGGAGACGGCGUGGUAGCAGCCUUGCUGCUGAGGUUGUGCUUGAUGCCAUCCGGUCCCGCAAGAGAUGUCCAAGAGCGCAAGCUUGAGGACUGGCUGGAGAGCUUGCGCAAGCACACCAAGGAGCACAUUGUCCAAGUUGCCUGGGGCUUGCCGUCAGAGGCAGCGCCUUGCCCGCCCGGUGUACAUGUAGAAAAGCUCUUGGGUCCGGAGCCUCCGCAGUUUGGGCCGCAAGUGAGUUGGGCAGCACUUCGGGUGCCGCACCAGGACAUCACGCUCCAGUUCACUGAGCAUUGCGCUGACCCAACCCCGCUGGAGGUGUUGCAGGUAAAGCUACCGGAGGACAAGCCUUGGACGUUGUCCAGAGGGAGCCCUGCAGGAUUCGAGCACGGCGGUCGUCGGUAUUUGUGUGGGGUGGACCAGUACCGUGAGAAUCCGCGGCUCAUGUUGCCCACCAUCGGUGUCACGGCGUUUGCCAUACCGGACCCCUGGGGCGAGCUGGAGUACGGCGAAUGCUACAUCAUUUCCGGCGGAUGCUUGCUCACUGGCAAGUUCGCCGUUUGGAGGGACCCCGUGAUGUGUGCCGCAGACAUCCAGGCCACUCGCCUGCAACGCUUCAAAAUAGAUGGUGAAGCUACUGACUUCUCGUUUUUCUUCUGGCUUUAG